GGUGAACCAUCAUGGCCGCUUCCGUAGUAAGAGGUAUUGGCUCUAACCUUGCUAAAAACCUUCGAGAGAUUCGUCUACAUUUGUGCCAGACAUCGCCUGCGAGUCAAGGAGCAAGGGAUUUUGUGGAACAGCACUAUGUGGAACUGAAGAAGGCAAACCCCACAUUCCCCAUCCUCAUCAGGGAGUGCUCAGGUGUUCAGCCUAAGCUUUGGGCAAGAUCUGAUUUUGGUAAGGAGAGCAGUGUGGCCCUUGACAACAUGAAUGCUGACCAAGUGGCUAAGGCGCUGGAGACAGUUGUGACAUCAUAAGCAUGACCAGCUCCCCCCAGGACACCUUUCCAACUGAUAUGGAGUGUGGAUUGUAAAGGACUUGUAUCACAUAAAUCUCUAUUGCUGUUCUAAUAAAUCUGAGGACUAACUUGUGACAUUCUGCUGCAUUGAUAUGUUUGUUAAUUGUUUGUGUUCAUAUGAACUGCAUUCUAUUCAUAGGCAUGUGCAUAUAUUGUUAAAUCUAUUGUUAAAAAAUUAAAAAGAUACUGUCAAACUCACAAAGGCUAGCACUGUUCAAUGCUCCCAAUUAUGGUCUGAGAGAAUUGACCGGCCAGUCAGCUUUGGACUGAAAGGUUCAUACACAAGUGGCUGGCAACAAUAUGAUUUUAUAUUCAUGCUAUAGAUAUUCACUUUUUCAUAAGCUUUCAUGAAUAAAGAAACCAGAUU